UUGAAAUCUGACAGCAACGACGACGACGACUUCUAAUUGAGCAUUGACGAUAUCCGCGGCCUGGACGAUGGCGCAUCAAGGCCCCUCGCAGUAUAGACCCUACUACAACCCACAGCCAGCUUCCUAUGCAUCUGCGAUAGAUAGGCCCGAAUAUGCCGCAGCCGCAGCUGCAGCAGCAAACGCCACCGUCACAGACUUCAUGGCGCAAGACUACCUAGAGGCGCCUGGUCUACCGUCUGUCGAGACACUCUCGGCACUUGCUCAGUUCUAUGCGCUAGACUAUAUCGCAACGCUCAUUGCUCAGCCUUUUGAAAAUGCCAAGAUACUGAUGCAGAUUCAGCAGCUGAGUCCAGCAUUAGCACAGGAAGCAGCGCAAAUGGACAAUGACGAGGUCCAUGAUGAUGAAGAGGAGGAGGACGAAGAGCCGGAUUACUUCGGAGAAGGGGAGAGGUCGGCAUACCGCCGUCAGACAAUCCCUGAGCGGCGCGCAACCGAUCGCAGGGGCUAUGUACAGCAAAAUGACGACGAUGCAGUGACGCGGCCGCCGUGGCAGCUCAAGGCGCAUUAUCCAACUUCGCUGCACACGACCAUGGGUGAUGUCUGGCGCAUGGAAGGCAUCAUUGGCUCGUUCAAGGCAGCCAAUACAACAUUCGUCUAUAAAUUGAUGCAAGAAGGCAUCGAGGGGUGGCUGACGGGAGCGCUCAGUGUACUGGCGGGUAUUCCGGACCCAUCACUUGUCCUGGAUCCCACCAGCGAUGGUCAUCUUUCGCUCUUGGUGAGGCUGGUGGCUGUCAGCAUCUCAGCUGUUUUACUCGCACCGCUCGAUAUGGCACGCACCAGGAUCAUUGCAACACCAGCGUCAGAGCCUCGCGGGUUGGUGCAUACACUACGACAACUACCCUCCCGCUUCUGUCCAGGUCCGCUUGUUUUGCCGACUAUUCUUGAACGUGCGGUUCCAGCUGCUAUACAACAUCUUCUUGCAGAUGUCUUUGAGCCAAUUAGCUCGCUUGUCCAGCUGGUCGUCUGGCUACCUCUUGAAACACUGUUGCGUAGAGCUCAGAUGAAGCUCUCACCGCCACGUAAACCGAUGGUGCAUCUGGGUGCUUAUACAGGCAUGCUUGGGACGCCAUGGUGGAUUGCACGGCAAGAGGCAGAUGGUGUCUUUGGGUUGUAUCGUGGAUGGAAAGCCGGUGUGCUGGGCGUUGCUGGUGUCUAUGGAUUGGGCAUGCUAGCAGCGAGCAAAGACAUCCGAGCAGGGACAGAGUUUUAGUAUAGAUGAGACCUUUUAUGAUACCCUACUCUAUGUUGAAAGAAUGUCGC